GGCUGCGGACGGACAAACACCACCGAAGAAGAAUUUCAACAUGACAGUAUGGUGCCGAUGUCGCCCACUGUGAAAUAAUCACCCAGUGUUCAGCGAGUAGUUUGAAGUGUUACAUUAAGUGACAUUAAAAUAAUCUAAAUGUGGAGGUUAAACAAAGUUCGCCACAAAGCUGCGCGACAGGGCGACAGCGAGCUGCGGUUGAAGAGGCGAGAGCGCGAGAAAGCACUGAGACAGGCCCGCAGAGACAGACAGCUUGUGAGCAAGAGACUCGUGCUGAAUGAAGAUGAGGAGCAGCCAGAGGUCACCAUGGACACUACCUCAGGGGAACAGGACGUGCUCAGUUUGUUCCUCAGACUUCAACACGCCGGGCCGGAGAGGGAGACCCACCUGAAAGCGUUGAGUAAAGCUCUCCGCGACCCAUCGGCACAGCUCACCUUCAUCAAGCAGGAGAAUAGCAUGCAUCUUCUGGUUGGUCUCCUCACCGGCUCUGAUGCUACGUGCCGUCUGCAGGCCGUUCGGUGUCUUCAUGAGCUGUCUCACUCCGCCCACACCAAUGUGGCACCGGCCUGUCUGCCUGCCACCCCUUACCUGCUCACCUAUCUGUCCGGCCAGAGCACCAAGUUCACUGAGCUGUGUCUCUACACACUGGGUAACUUAUGUCCAGACAGUGAUGUGGUAAAAGAGAAACUCCUGGCGCAGGGAAUCAUACCGGCUCUGGCCAACUGUAUAGAGAACCAGAGACACAACCUUGCGGUGGUGGAAGCUGUGGGCUUCACCCUCUCUCAGCUUCUCCAGUCCAAAGAUGCAGCAGAUAAAAUAAUCCCGAUGAUCCUGGCCUCCAGCUUGCCUUCACACUUGUUAUCCGUCCUGACCCCUGACCCAAAGUUUGGCCUGGCACCUGCCAUAGAGUGUGCCUGGUGUCUGCACUACCUCACAUGCAGCAUCGAGGAUAACACGGUGGUGUUGGCUCAUGGGGCUCUGUUGAAGUGCAGUUCCCUGUUAGUAUCGCUUGGUGGCGCUGUCGCAGAAGGAAACAAAGAAGAAGGAAUGGAGCUGCUCAUCUGUCCUCUGCUGAGGUGCGUGGGAAACCUCCUGUCCUCCUGCCCAGUGGAAACCCUGAACUCUCAAGUGGGUGAUGUCGGUAUCGUGGUUGCUCUGUGUGCACUCCUUCACGCCUACUUACAGACCCAGCCAGCUUUGGCCAGAGAGAGUGCCUGGGUCCUCAACAACCUCACAGCUUACUCCAGUGCUUUGUGCUCUGCUCUGCUGACUCUUAACUUGGUCCCUGGACUGAUCCAGCUCCUCCCUUUCUCUCAAGGAAUCAAUACCAUGAUCCUGAGGGUUUUAGCAAAUAUUGCCCACAAGAAAAAGGAGUUCUGUGUCCAGCUGGCUCAUCUUGGAUUGCUUUCUGCUCUCUGUGCCACUCUGAAAAUGGCCGACCAAGAGAUGGUGACGCUGAGUAUGGAUGUCCUGUUCAUGCUGGUAGUUAGUGGUCCACAGGUGGCAGAGGAGUUUGUACGGCAAGGCGGAGUUUCACUGUUAGAGGCCAUUCAGUACAACAGCGAAGGAGAGAUCAGACGAAGAGCAACACAUCUCCUGGAGCACCACCUUCUGUCCUACUCAUCCUAUUGCUCGGACACCCCAUGUUCCUGAACCAACGAGCACCUGACAAAUCACUGGUACCUCGAGGACACACCUGAAAAUACGAGACUUCUGGUUUACAUUUUGCAGAUGUGUGUAAUGGACAAACAAUGUUGGUAUAUUUAAAGUAAUUUUUGAUAUCUUUUUAAAUAUGAACUACUAGUAUUUUGACCACCAUCUUCAUUGUUGUUAUCCAUGUAGGUAUUUUUAAUAUAAUAUAUUUUUUUAAUACCUGAGAGAGUCUUUACACUCAUUCACAAACGUCACAAACUUUCUUUCUGUUGCUUAUUGAGACACCAUCCGUUGAGAGACUGAAUGUAUUUUGUAUGUAUUUUUGAUCAUCAGAAGUCUCUCAUCUGAAACUUGAACACCUAGAGGGUUUACAUGACGGACUGUAAAUAGUAUGAAGUAUUUAUCGUAUCAUGCCAAUAAUGCAAUGUCAUUAAUGACUGUACAUUCAUCAAAUGAAAUGAUAUCACCUUAAAACUGUUUUUUGAGAGUAAGAUCUUCUCUAGAUAACAUUAUUAAAGUUUUUGCACCGUUUUCUAUUGGUUUUGUAACAUAACCGACCUAGGGCUGAAUAAAACAUCACAUAGAUGCCAGAUCAACCCACCACUUCCUCCUUCCCACCACCAUCCACCCGCUUCAGGUCCCGCCCCUGAUUUAUUCAGAAUAUGUACCUAUUAAAAGAGAAGGGAAUAAAUACUAAUAUGAAUAUAAACAGAGUAUUAUGUUGACGACUAGAGUCACACAUUAUCCUUCAUUCGGUAUAUAUUACACUAAUUUACCUAUCUCUCUAAUGUAGGUGGUUGUUUAUCUUUCCAUUACAUGGCUAUGAGUUUGUUGUCAGUGUUAACAGCAUUUCUCCUCAGUUCGAAGGUAUUGAUUUUUGUCAUAUGUCACCCUGUAGGGUUGCUCUUGCUUCUGUGGAGAUGAUAAGUCUGUGAUGGAAUAGAGAUCUAAUGAAUGUAGAUGGUUGCAGGCCCAGAAAAUAGCUACAUAUGUUAUCAGUGUUUCUAUUCCAGCUCCAUAUGUUGUAUUCUGUGCAGCCUGUCAUUGCUGAUAGGGAUAAUAUUGGCUAUGAAUGAGAUUGUAUUGUGUUAUCGUAUGUCUUGUGAGAAACACUGACUACCAGUACACAGUGCAGUUCCACUUCCUCAAAAUUACACUUGAGGUUUUCUUUUCCGUUUGAGAGAGUUCGGGGUAAAGCCGUAAAUUCGACCCAAAAGAGAAAUGUUAGUCAUUUCUUAUGUUCCUCUUUUGUCUUUUGUAGUAAUGUUGAGUAGUUAAGGAAGAAUGUAUUUUGCACCUAAUGUGGAGUUGUAGGUCCUAUAGGUGAUGGGGAUUGGGCUCUGAAACAUAGUAACCCAUUUGAACCAGCAACUAUUCUGAUAAUUUAUCAUUAUAAUCGAUUUAUUUGGUAUGGAAGAUUGAUUGAUAAUGAAACAAAUUUAAAUAAAGCUUCAACCUGAGUACAGCAUAAUGUAUACAUUCAUAGUCCACAUUUUACUUUUAGUUUAACUAAAUAAAUAUGGUGGGAUAAUGUUUGUUUAAUGAAAAAAGUAAAGAGUGAAUUAACCUCACAGAGCUGAGAUUUAUUAGAUCUAUAGUGGACAGUUUCAUUUUAACAUUUGAUAUUGUUGUGCAAUGUGAUUAUCUGUCUCUGGAUUUCCACACAGAUUUGAGGGGAAUUUGAAUGUGACUGAGUGGACUGUACUGGGAAACAGCAAGUCUUCAGCUCCUCCCCCUAUUGAAAAAAGGAAAAAGCUACUCUCAAAUUUCCCCACUUCCUCUGUCCACCCACAACAUUCCCUUUUCGUUACCAUUCACACUGCUUCUCUACAUGAAAAACUGGAACAAGUGUACUGGACAUGGAGGGUGCUGAGUCAACAACUAGGGAUAAAACAACAGGAAAGGAUGGGGAAAAGGCUGUGGAUCAAAUGGUGCUGAUGUCCAGCAAGCCUCUGCAUCGCUUUGUCCAAAAAGAGCCCAGAGCUCUUGGGAUUGUCAUUGUGAUCUUAGGCUGUGCAGAGGUCCUGAUGGGCUUUUCUCUGGUCAGUGAAGAUGUGUCAACGUCUGGUAAAAUCUACAUUCCCUUCUGGCAGGGACUUCUGUUUCUUGUCUGUGGUAACCUGUCUAUCUACACUGAGAUGCACCCAUCCAAGAAGAUGGUGACUGUGUGUUUGGCCAUGUAUGUGGUUUCCCUCUUGGGAAUUGUAGUCUCUGUUGGCUACAGAAUAUUCUGCUUGUCCCAUAUUAGCUACUUAAGGUACCAGAGUAAGUGGGUGGAGACAGACAGAGACUGGGCCUUAAACAGAGCGGAGCAGCUUUUUAGUGUCGAAGGCAUAUUGUUCAGUUCCUCUCUGUGUGUGUCAGUGCUUCUCAUCUUCUUGUGUGUCGUCGCACGGUUAGCUCUGAAGUCCACAAACAGUCAGGUCAUUGUCCAGCACAUACCGGCACCACGGAAUGACACAACAUCAAACUAAAAUCAACCUUUUUGAAGCAUUGUUCUACAAUCACUAACACUGGUUUGCUUGCAGCACUCCUCUUCUGUGAAAGAAAUAUGUGAGAAUUCUGUGCAGAAUAUUGUAUGUGAAUGUUACUCCACCUAGAGGCAGUAGCCCUAUAACCCAGCCGCAGCUUUUUUUAAGUUACCUACAGCUACCAUAUGUGUAAUGCUGAAUACAUUUUUUUUGACAUGCACUUAUAAGGGAAGAUCUUAACCACUAAUUUAUCUAGCAAUGUUUGUUACUGUAUGGGUCAGUAAACAUGUUACAUUACUUUAAAUUAAAGCCUCAAGAUGAACAGAUCUUACAUGGUACUGAUAACUGUCAAUAAAGUCAAUUGAUUAACUCUGUGGUAAUGUUAUAUUGCCUAACCUUAAUGUAUAUUGUACAAACAAUAAUAUACAUUGAUGUUAGUUAACACUGUUAAAGUCAGACAGAGAGCCCAUGCUUCUAUAUUUACAUUAAAAUAAAUCAGAAGUACAUUUUCUUUUUGUUCAACAACACUCCAACCCAGAAGAAAUCUAACCAUAAGUUGAAUAACCACUCAGUUUAUAUUUUAAUUAUAUAUGGUCACUUACUGUUAGCCUUUAACCCAUUAACUCUUAUGUCUGUACAUUAUCUGCAUUAUUACAGUAUGUGUAGUGUUGGCAUAGUUUAGACUCUACUUGGAGCUUUUGAGAAUCACUGUGAACCUCCAUAUACACUCCGUAUCCACAUGCGACUGCAACUUUACAGAUGUUUAAAAGAUGUGACAGUCUAUUUGAAUACAUUUGGGUUUUUAUAUCAUGACAGUGACAUCCACGCAGCAUAUUUUUCUAAGCUUGUGACUUGAUGUGUAUGUUUUUUGUAGUUCAGUAUUUUCAUCUACAUGCUUGCUUGUAAACCUGUUGCCAUGUAUUGUUUGUGAAUGUGUGAAAAAGACAAGGGAUUGGCUUUAGCUUUUAGCUAUAUAGUGCAAUAAAUGUAAUGUGUAUUGUCUUGUUAAAUAAACUUUUUGAAAGAAAA